AUGCAACUAACAACUUAUUACCAAACACCGCGUGUUUCUUCCUCUCCAACCAUGACAACUCUUCCAACUUUACCUCCCAUCAGUCUUUCAAAUUCAAACGUUGAAAGAAGUGAGCAACAGCAACCACCACCACCUCGUUAUACUUCCUCCAUGAACACACCGCAAUCAACACCGACGACGCCAUACUCGGCAUCUUCCACCAACUCAUUUUCCUCAACUUCUUCAUUUUCUCCUUAUUCAUCUCUUCCCCAACAGCCACCUCCAACCCAACCUCCGGCACAACUGUCUCAAUCACAACCUACAUAUUAUCAAAGAUCUCCACCAGCCUCAUUCUAUUCUCCGCCUACUUAUUCUUAUUCACAAUAUUCGCAAUCACAUUCCCCAGCACAACCAUCGUGUCGUAGGCCGCAACAACUUCAACAUUAUUCAUCACAACAAUAUAAUUUACAAUCACCACCACAUCAUCAACAUUCACAAAUAUCAACUUCACAGCAAUCACCCACCCCAAUACGCCCAUACCAAAGGAAUCACAAUUCACAAAAUGUCAUAUCCGAACCUUUCGUAACUGUCACGCCCGAGUUAAAUAAUAGGCCUCCCAGGCGACGACGGCGUCCCCCAUUUUCAUACUCAUCACUCAUUGCUCAGGCCAUCUUGGAUUCACCUGACAGGAGAUUGACAUUAAGGGAAGUUUAUCAAUGGAUAAUGGAGAGAUAUCCGAAAUUGUACAAAGCGGAUGAUACCGGUUGGCAGAAUACAAUUCGUCAUAAUCUAUCAUUAAAUAAGUGUUUCAAAAAGGUACCUCGUUCUGAUACCGAAUUGGGUCACUCAACGUCAUCAUCGACGGCUAGCAAGGGUAAAGGUGGUUAUUGGACGAUAGAUCCAGAGUAUAUGUCUUCUUAUCAUGAUGGCGUGUUCGCGAGGGGUGGUGUGCAAAAACGUAGACCUGGUGAAGUGGGUUUACAUCCAUUGGGUGUUGGGUCAGGUCUUGGUGAUGAUGAUAGUGGUGGUAGCGAUACCCCAUCGGACAAUAUGGCAGGUAGAUUGGUUGAUGUUGAUGAUGUUGGAAACAAUGGCAUGCCCUUAACGUUAAACGUACCUCCUCCAGCGACUGUUUCACCUUCCGCGUCAAUGACUCCUCCUCCAACUUCAAAUUUAUUACAAAACAAAUCAAAAAUUUUCUAUACCCCGAAAAAAACCGAACAAAAUUUUGUAAAUUUGGUUUCACCUUCUUCACCGUCCUAUCCGAGCAUGAAUGCAAGCGGAUCAACUUUUGUGUUCGAUAUAAAUGAUAAGCCUAAUGCCGAGGGUCUCCUAGAUGGAGUGAGUGUCCCUCUUUCUGACCGGCGAUAUCGCGUGGAUCUCUCUCCUUAUCCGGUGGUGGGAUCAAGAGGUGGGCCAUGUUCGGAGUGGAAUAUGGGUGAUGCUGCAAUUAAGAGAGAAAUCGAUGAUUCACGUCAUUCAUAUUAUUAUGGCAAUCAUUCAAGGGGCGUAACUGAUCUUCAACAAUUUGUCGGUGAUGCGAAUUCGUCUCAUACAUACGUGACUGGUUCUUCGUCGAUGAAGAUCCGCGAUUUAUUAAAUUAG